AUGCAGGGAUAUUUUUAUUUUAUAUCUGCCAUUGUUAUAACUAGUGGUACAGCGUGUACAUAUUUCCACGGACGGUAUAACAGUCAUGUGAGGAGUGAGAACAACCCGCAGGCAAGAGACCACAUUCAUAAACCAGAGCAUGAUGUGCAAACAAAUGGACAUUCCAAGGAUAAUUAUCAUGAAUUAAAGCAUCCAAAGAAUAAUUAUCAUCAAUUAAAGCAUACUAAGAAUAACUAUCAUCAACUAAAACAUAAGGCUGAAAAUUACCACGAAUUAGACCAUCUAAAGGGCAAUUAUCAUAAACUAAAAAAUAAAACAGAUGAUAAUCAUCCUUAUUUAAAGCAUCCAAAACAUGAUAAUCAGUUAAGACAUACAAAGGAAAAAUCUCACGACCAAACUAAACUCUCAAAGGAUAAAAACGGAACAGUGAACAUCAAGGAAAAUGAGACGAGGUAUGAUAAGCCAGAAAUAAAAUUUCCCAAGACAUAUCAUGCGACAGGAUUGUUAACAUUGCCUUAUGAUGGCAUUAUGGAACCAUUUGAGAUUUGGUAUGCUGAAGACUUGAACAUGAGCAGGAUUGACUAUUAUCAUGGUGAGUAAGUUAGCUACGGGUCCACGAAUGCGAAUGACACCAGACAUUAUGGCGUGAUUUAUGGAGUCGCUUAACAUGCAUCCAUGAUUCAUGUCACAAUCAGCGUUUCCACUUGGAAGGAAAUUUCCUUCCAGAAGGAAAUUUCGGCCUUUGGAAGGAAAUUUGGAAGGAAAUAGCAUUUGGAAAGAAAUUGGGAGGAAAUAUUGUUAUAAGGAUGAAAAUGAGAAGGAAAUUCCACUUUAUCUCCUAAUUUCUAAGAAUAAGGCAAUUUUCAUACAAUUUUGUGCAAAAGAAGACUCUGAAAAUGCCAUUUCCAAAGGUCUAGAGACUCCAUAGUUUCAAAAUUUUCCGCUCGGCGCCAACCAUGGUGGCGCCCGUGGGCCCCCCAAAGCGAGAUCUCACGGAUGGUUUUUUUCCAAAGUUGGCAACUAUGUAUCUAGGACAGGACCCCAGAAUCGCUAUAUUGAAAUAACAACCAAACCUCGUACCCAGAAUACCCAGGGUAUUAUUUCUCAGACUCUACUUGGGGGGGGGGGGGUACUUAGCGUGGGUAGGAAAAACCCUAGGCCCUAGGGGUUUCUUGUGUGUAUGUCCAGAGGAGAGAUGCAAGAAACCAGUUAUGGAAUCUCUUUUCGCACCCACAGCAAGUAGACUCCAAUUAUUAUGCUUUUUGUCCCCCUGGGCGAAGCGGAUGAGCUGAUUUUAUCUGAUAUAAAUUAAUAUAAUGUGCUUCAAUACAAGAGUUUAGAUGUUAAUUACCAGGUAAAUCUGUCAAUUUUGAUAAAAAUUUUGAAGGAAAAAUGGAAGGAUAUUUAGAGAUUUUUGGAAGGAAAUUUUGUGGAAAAAAAGGAAUUUCGGGUUAUGGAGAAGGAGAUUAUUUUUUGGGAGUGGAAAACUGUCAGAAAUACAAGAUGACACUACUCGUACCCGUACACCGAAACCGGGGUAUCUUAACCUCUCUAUUAUCGGUUUCCGGCGCGAGCUCGGGGCAAAAUGUCCCAAUUCCCCUCUUGGCGCCCCUGGCAGUCAGAAGAUAAAGAAUAAAGUUAUCAAGUAUUUAAUAUAAUUUUAUUUAACAAAUUCAUCUCAUGACAGGAGUGGACAAAACCUUCCAGAGAGGAGAUUUAGAGGACUAUGGUGCAUAUAUUAAAGAAAUACCGAUACAUAAAAUAAAAGUUGGUGACAAUAACAACCAUUCGAAGUCAUGUUGGUACGAACAGGGAGAUAAAUAUGAUGUUGUUAAACCUCAAAGUAUUGUUCCUAUGGAUCUUAGUCACUACAAAGUACUGCAUAACUUCAUUUUCACCUUUCAUUUUCAUAUUUUUCUUUUUCAACCAUCAAUAUAUCUGCAUAUCUGCAUUAGUAUCCAGUUUUUGAUGUAUAUAGCUUCUUUGGGUACUCAUAAUGUAGAAAAAUGGAAAAAAGUUUCUCGAACUCAAAUUUUGUAAACCAGGGGGGGGGGGUGCCUUUUCCAACAAAUUAAAAAUGGCUUGCGCACGAAAUUUAAAAGCUUUAAUCAUAUUUUGAGUUGAUAGAUGGAACAUUUGUUGGUGUUUUAAUUACUGUACAAAAGUUCAGACAAUUUGCUUUAGUUUAAGCCCUUUAACUAUUCAUUUUUCUCUAAAAAAUUAGCCUUUCGCAUGCUUAAUUGUGCCUUUACCUAAUUUGCAUAUUGCUGACAUAUGCAAAUUAGCCAAAGGCAUUAAUUAGCAUGCAAAUGGUGAUUUUUUAAGAAAAAAUGUAAGUUUGCGUGAAUGGUUAAAGGGCGUAAACUGAAGCAAAUUGUCUGAAAUUUUGUACAGUAAUUAAACACUCAACAAAAUUUCCAUCUGUUAACUUAAAUAUGAUUAAAGUUUUUAAAUUUCGUGCGCAAGCCAUUUUUAGUUUGUUGGAAAAGACACCCCCGUCCCCCUGGUUUACAAAAUUUGAGUUCGAGAAUUUUUGUUUCAUUUUUCUACAUUAUAAGUACCCAAAGAAGCUAUAUACAUCAAAAACUGGAUACUAAUAGCUGUUUUGCGAAUUUAAGAGCAAUUUCAAAUCUGUGCAGUUUUUUUCUUAUACACCCUGUAUAUUAUAUAUAUAUAUAUAUAUAUAUAUAUAUAUAUAUGUAUAUAUAUAUAUAUAUAUAUAACUACAGACGGUACCGUUUCGGCCUUAUGGGCCUCAUGAGGAGGAUGAAAGUAACUGCUAUUUACAGUUACCUUUGAUGCUUCACGAUUGUGGGACAUCAAAACCAUGCCAGAGCGCUCAAACUGCAAGCAGUGAGCGUGCGCAAUGCGUAAGCGACAAUGGCUCAUCCUGUAGAGCGCUCAAUAUGAACUAAAGUCCAUAGAGCGAUAUCUAACUACAGACGGUACCGUUUCGGCCUUAUGGGCCUCAUCAGUGUAGUGCUGAUGAGGAGGAUGAAAGUAACUGCUAUGUAAGAGUUAGAUACCGAAAACGGAGGCUCUUAGUCAGAUACAAACCCGAGGGGCCGUGCCCCGAGGGAUUUAUCUGACUAAGAGCCGACGUUUGAGGUAUCUAACUAACUUAGUUCGUAUAUUUGUAAGGAUUGACCCACAAUGAAAUUUACUUUAUGAUAUGUAUUGUUCUUUAAAUGAGUUUGAAUUACCAUGGUUGUAAUAAAAGCAAACAGGGCUUUCGCAUUUGAUAUGCUUCAAUUCUCGUGUCGCAUUACUGUAUACUAUCAAUGAGAAGUGAUUAAAUAUUCGUUCACCAACAACAAUUCCGAUGAAAUAUGUUUGAAAUAGCUCAUACAACCGAGAAGCGCUAACGAAGAUUUGUACGGGUUUGUCGAAGCAGAGAUUCUCAAGUUGUUCUCAACAGGGUUUUAUAUAUAGGAUAAAAACCGAAUGGGAGGUCUUUCAUUGGGAGGUCUUUCAUUGGGAGGUCUUUCAUUGGGAAGUCUUUCAUUGGGAGGUCUUUCAUUGGGAGGUCUUUCUUGAAUUUCAAUGAAAGACCGACCAUGCAUGAGGUUUUUAUGUUGUUUAUAUCCAUUUUCUAUUGUCCUCGGGAGGUUGUGGUUGUGGGACGAAAUAAGGUUGAACAUGCGCAUUAAACACGCUUUAAUGUGGUUGAGCAUGCGUAGUAUAUCAUUUCGCGUCCCACAAGCGAAAGAGCAGAUAUUACUGUAUAAAUUGCUUGCAACAAGAAAGUUUGAUGUUGGCACAGAAUCGGAAGGUAUAGCAGAAGCGUAAGUCAAGCAAGUAUUUGUCCGUGUUUUUACAAGCGAUUCGUCAUCAAUCACGCCAUCCUGGCUAGUACAACCGGCACCUUUGUACCUACCAAAACCUGAUAAAAACUUCCGGUUGUACUAGCCAGGAUGACGUGGAUUGGCGUGAGCGAGUUAAAAUUUUCGUGGACGUAAAACAAUAAGGGAAACGACUAGAGUUACGCUUCUGCUAUACCUUCUUAUUCUGUGAUGUUGGUUCAGCUAGUCCUCGUGCACCGAAUGAUAAAUACUCUACCCAAAGGUAGAGUUUGAUGGGCUCUGAGGUACACGGCUGUUGUCUCUUUCUCGACUCAGAGACGUGCAUCGUUUUCUAGUCGAAAAGGAGAUGUGGGGUUUGAGUUUUGUUACAAAUUCAAGGUAUCUAACUCCAUAGUGACCUCUAAAAGUGGUCACUAUGGAGUUAGAUACCUUGCAUUUUUAAUUAGGCAUUCAAUUCAAUAUAUUCAUCAACCCCGCUUUUCCCUGUGGAGAUAUCAAAUCCCUCCCCUUGCUUUUAGAUUCUUACCCAAAUAAUACCUUAUUGAAAACAAUAGAUAUCCGCACAAAUAUGAACUAAUUACAGUUACCUUUGAUGCCUCACGAUUAUGGGACAUCAAAACCAUGCCAGAGCGCUCAAACUGUAAGCAGCGAGCGUGCGCAAUGCGUAAGCGACAAUGGCUCAUCCUGUAGAGCGCUCAAUAUGACCUAAAGGCCAUAGAGCGCAGCCUAGUCCCAGUUGUUCUGAAGCAAGCGCGAGAAAAAAGUGGAUGUAGUACGAGACUGGGACCUAGGUGUGACGUCACCGCUCAAGGUGCUUCAGAACGCCUAGCAGAUUUCAGUAUUUUUAAUAUGGCGGAAAAUUUAUAUAUACAAGUAACCUUUUAAUUAUAAAUACGACAAUGUUCGUUCAUCAUGUACAUGUUCGAUGUCUACAUAACCAAAUCAAACCGUAUUAAAAAUGUGCUCAACUAAAAGAAAUUAUAUACAAAUUUACGAUACCGAGUUUGAGCAAUUGUUGAUGUUAAUUAUAUACUCGCAAGUUGUGAUCAACACUAGACCAUACUGGUAUACACAACUACGCUUUCUACUUGACAGGUUUAAAUUGCUGAGAUUGGAAAUAUUUGCCUGACAUGACGGUGUUGUCAAAACAUUUUUAGUCGGAGAUAAUAAUGGCUAUAUAUUUUAGUAAACACGAGUCAUAUUUAGACUGUUAUUCCAUUCUGACCGUAUGGCAGCGAAACGUAGCCUAUUUCAUUGUUCCGACAGCAUUAGAGCAAAACUAAUGACUUAAUUAUAAAUGCAAAGGAAAUUUCCAUAACAUUUUCCAUUUACAAAUGAGGUAUGCUUGGUAACCAGGCCAGGGACCACUUUUUUGAAAUCAGGGACCAUUUUACCGAAAUCUGCUAGGCUCUCUCGCUGAAGCGUUUCGCACAGCACACCCAGGCAUAAAACUUUUAAGACUUAUUUAAAUAUAUCAAAGCAGCGAAUAGAGAGAGAGCCUGGGACUAGGCUGCAUAGAGCGAUAUCUAACUACAGACGGUACCGUUUCGGCCUCAUGGGCCUCAUCAGUGUAGUGCUGAUGAGGAUGAAAGUAACUGCUAUUUACAGUUACCUUUGAUGCCUCACGAUUGUGGGACAUCAAAACCAUGCCAGAGCGUUCAAACUGCAAGCAGUGAGCGUGCGCAAUGCGUAAGCGAUAAUGGCUCAUCCUGUAGAGCGCUCAUAUAUUAUAUAAAUAUAUAUCCUAAGUUUUUGGUUUACGAAACACAAACAUGCAGUGCUCAAUACCAUAUAGAUAGAGCGUAAUAUAGUUUUUCGUUUUACCUCAAAACAACCACAACAGUCUGUUUCAUCCGUAUAGGAAUCAUCAGGUGGUGAGUAAUUUCGAAAAUAUAGGUUGCUUAAAAGAAACCUAUCUUUUCGAAAUUACUCACAACCUGAUGAUGAUAUUACUUGAAUAAACAUUUUGGGAAGUGGUCGAGAAUUAGAUAAAAACGGCCUGUUAAACUAAUUUGAUAACCGUUGCCAUUUUAUCGUAAAUAUUCGUUUCAAUGAAGUGAAGUUUAAAUUAAAAUUGCUUAUUGGAUGGAUGUGCUCUAUAAUUUUUGUUUUAAGGUCUUUGGGAAUGCAUGAAAAUUAACUUAUGAAGCGAUUUUGAUAAAAAGAUUUAUUCUAAAUAUUCAAUGACGCGGGGGAAUCAAAUUCUAAUGUUCCAAGAAAGAAACGUCGCGAGUUUUUUUUUUAUAAAUACGCCUCGUUUAACGAAGGACCAAAGAGUUUCAAUAUAUUUAGAAUACGUAAGGUAACUAAAUGCUCGUUAGUCGUGAGGUUAUACCAGCGGCGUUGGGCAGGUCUCUGAAAAAGAACGUGUACUUUCUGACUGUAGUGUGUCUAAACAUAGGUUAUUGCUGUAUUAAUGUUUGAUAAGCCGUUUUUGGCUAAUUCUCGACACUUUCAAAACGGUUACUCAAGUUUAAACGCAGUUCUCUCGGUCAAUAUUGCACGAAAAUGCACAGGGCGUAUAUCAAAAUUUAUGUUAGACAAUACUGAAUGACUGAAUGCAAUGCACAGUGCUUGUUGGGCCAUUGUAAAACCCAAUUGGCUAUCAUGGAAUCUUGUAACCUAAGUUGUAUUGAUUGAUAUAACUUAAAGUGUCCCUGUCACAAAAUGAGAGUUUAUAUUUUCGAAAUCUAUGAUACAAAAUAUACGGAAAUUCGAAAACAGAAUCGAAAUUGCUCUUUUAGUGUAAAAGUUAUUGCCGUUUAAACAUUGAAUUUGGCCUUGUGAAAAAUCUGAAAACCGCGCAAAAGAGACUGGGACGAAACAAUGCGUGUGACGUAAUAGUAGGAACGUAUCUAGCUCACUGAUGUAGAAAUACUAUUGCAUGUACUAUCAUAGAGGAGGCAAUUGCGCAAAUAACAGUCACGAAAAUGACAAAUUGCCGAAUAUAUGUGUAGUAGGCGGUUGUUCUAAUACCACAGAUACAGAGAAAGGCAUUUCACUUCAUUUUAUACCUUUUACUGGAGACGAGAUACACGAAGCGAAAAGGAGACGGGUUGACUUCGUGCACCUUAAACGAGCAAUAUGAGAUCCAAGGUGCAAUUUUUAUUCCAAAUUCGUUAUUGUAAAAAGAAACUGCAAAUUGUAAAAGAAGCUGCUUCAAUGCAGUCAGUCGAUAUGGCCAUAGUCACGAAACUCGAAAGCGCGAUAGAUAUUAAUGGCCACAGUCAAUGGAUUUACCAUGCGAAAUAUAAAAUAUCGCGACAAUAUAUGAGUGAAUAUUGUCAAAAUAUUAAAUAUAGUGGAUGAAAGCCAAUUUCUUACGUAUACAAGCAAUGUGUACUGUUUGUAUUUUAGAUUAGACAGGUAAAGUAGAAUUGUAUAAGUGAAAAUCGUUGUAUUUGACCGCAGGGAAAACCCGUACAAUAUGCAGAUUUUGUAACAAAUUGUGGCAUGAAACCUGAUACACUGUGGGGAUGUGUAUAAAAUGUAUCACAAAGUAUAAUCCAUUGAAGCAACUUAAUGAAAUAACUUAGUCAUUGCCACAGUUGCUAGGAACAUGCCUGGAACGAAAAACAAGUCAGAAAAAUACUUGAACGCGCUGCAACACUUUGCACAAAUUAACCCGCGCGCACGAAGUGCAGGAAAACAUGAGAUACAAAUCUUAAUCUUAAAUUUCAGCCUCUUUAGCAAAAUAAUAUUGUAAUAAGUCAUGAAUAUAGCAAAUGUGCAGUUUCUAUACGCAAUACAGUAUAAUAUUACUACGCUUAUACAGUGUAAUAGGUUUAUUUAUUGAAAAAUAAUUCUAUAAGAUCAAGAGCUGUCCUCUACAAAUCCUACAAAGUCUUCAUCAAUAGCAUGCAGCCUACAGGCAUUAUUUUCUCGUAUGCGCAAAAAUGUCUAUUUCCUAGUUGUCCAUAAACCAUCUACACAAAGUUUCUAUAUGCUGUUCUCCUUCAGAAUCUAUAAAUUAAUAAAUAAGUCUUUUUAAUAAGUCGCUUACUGGCAUAUGGACACAUGUAAAUAUAUAAUAAUUCAAUAAUUGUACAGCAUGUACCGCAUAUAAACUCUCAGUUACCGUACCGCAUGCGUGUGUUCACUGAUAGUAAACUCGGGUACGGUAAACUGUUUCUUAAUUUCAAUAUGUUGAUAAAUAAAACUUUAUUUUCCCAUCUUCUGUGUUUGUUUGACGGUGUUCCUGCUUCUUUCUUGUUCGUAAUUUCGUGGCUGCUGAACGGAGGGCUCACUUAUCUAGUGAUAAGCUGUUGAAUUAUACAUGAUGGCGCGACUUCAUCUUGCAUCACAAAUCACAAUGUUACUGUGUAGAGAAUCGACGCACUCCUCAAUUUCCAUACAACAUUGACACUCUUUAGCAUAAUUUACGAAGCAGUUCAAUGCGACAAUUGCCACGUUUACACCUGAAAUAUUAUAUUUUGUAAUUUGAAUACUGUGUAUGUAGAAACACUGGCAAGUCACGAAACGCAAGGUCAAGUCACGCAACAAAAUAUUUACCAUUUACUCAAUUCUUCUGAACUAUCAAGCCUUUGUUGUAGUUGCUUAAGACGUUCGUCGUGAUUGCUUUUUUUCACGGUAACUUUUGAGCCAAUCUUCGUCGGGCACUGGUUCAUUAACAUAUCGACCAACGUCGUGCGCACGAAUGAUCGGCGCUGCUUGACUACGCUUCACUGGUGUUUUCAUCAAUUUCACUCGAUUUCAUACGGCUCAGGAAUAUAAUUUCAGUCAGUCAUCGCUUUGGUAACUGUUAUUUUCCGUAUCUGAUCUCGACGAAGACAUUUGUAUCGAAUUUUGACCAGCUUGAUUGUGAUUCUCACUUCUGAUUUAUAUACUUUUGGCUUAGGCGAGUAGGCAAUGUCUUCCUACUAUGACGUAUUAGUUACCAAUUUCCCAGCUUCGCGGUUUUCAAAAACUUUUGCCGUUAAAAUUUGAAAUUUUCAAAUUUCAUUGCCUUAUUACUCUGUGAAAACAAGCUCAAUUUUAAAUCUGUUUUGUAUUUUCAUAAUCUACGUUUCAAGACGAUUCCAUUAAUGUAAACUCUCAUUUUGUGACAGGGGCACUUUAACAUCAAGCAAGGGUUAGGUAGAUCAUCAUGGUUCAUGAAAUGAGUGAAUAAAAUUAUCAAGUGCAAAAUGCUUUUCCCUACAUUAAGUUAACUAGUGACACUUAAUGAAUGUAAUCUUUUAGCAACAAUAUGUGCAGCGCAUUAUUAUCUCUUUAUAUUAAUUAAUUAGAGAAAGUAAUAAAAUAUUUAAGCUAUGAUAUUUCCUUUCUCCUAGAUUAUUGGGGAAGAGUAUAGAUCUGGUACAUUAACAAUAAAACUAAGACGUCACGUCAAAACAGGAAAACUUAGAAACACAUUCACGUUAUGGGUAUCAAAGGAAAAGCCACAUCGACCAAUCAGAUUCGAGACCGAAGGUUUUGAUUUACUACUUCUAGGAUAUUAUGAUCAUUAUUACUUGGACUAUAUUACUUUUAGUGAUUGGUAUUUUGAUUACACGGUCAUGGAGGUCCCUAAAGGUAUGGAAAUAUUCAACAUUCGAAACAAGUUUUAUUAUUUAUGUGAUAAAUUUUGGGAUUUUGCAUCGCAUCAAAAUAUCGUGUCGCAACCACUCCCACAAACGUCUACGACCACGCCUACAUAGUUUCGCAUGUUUACAAUUCUAAUAAUAUAAGCCAAUCUAAUUUUAUAAAAAUUGUUAGAAAGAACACGACUGGCUGUUUAAAAAUUAGAAUUGUAAACGUCCAAAAUUAUGUGGGAGUGGUAUAGCGAUACAAAAUUUUGAUGCAAUGACAUAGUUUGAGGUUCGUAGUAUAUGUCACAAGAUAUUAGGUAUUUUUAAUGUUUUUUAUCUAUCUAUGGAAUUAGUUUGGUUUCAUCAGAUCACCAAUGAGAUAUUAUGUUAGAGAUUGAUCAUUCUAUACCUUAACUUGUUAUGCAAUUAGUUGAUAGUCUACACUCUACUCCAAUUUCUAAACAGCGGCAUACUUGGGCGUUAGAGAUUGAGAAAUCAUUACGGUCUGCAGAAUAGGUAGAUCUACACCUAUAUGUAGUAAGGUAGAAAAAUUUAAUUGAUUUUCACACAUUUGCGGUAUAAAAAAGUACUAAUUAUAAAUUUUUAUUAUUCUCACAUUAAUUGAGGCUCCUGGUGUCACACAGAAGCAUUACAUGCAAAAUCAAGAUACUUUGUUAAUCCUAUGUCAGAGUUUGUUCAUAAACCUCAUGAAGUUGACAAACAUCACAAACAUAUUGAGAAAGAGUUUAAAAAAUAUAAACAUAAACAUGGCAAAUCUUAUAAAGAUGCUAAAGAACACUCGAAAAGAAGAAACAUUUACAGGCACAAUGCAAGGUAAUUAUUUACCAAUAUAUAUAUAUAUAUAUAUAUAUAUAUAUAUAUAUAUAUAUAUAUAUAUAUAUAUAUAUAUAUAUAUAUAUAUAUAUAUAUAUAUAUAUAAAGCAAACAAUGCAUCAAUAUUUAAAACAAACUUACCUUCGUUAACAUCGGCGCCUUUACUCCCUUCUUUUAGGGCCUUUUAGCAAAUCUUUCGCCUUUAUUUUAUCAAAAAGCUUUUGAAAUUUACAAAAUCUUUGCAAAAAUGAAAUAUAUUUCCAAGAAAUCAUCAAAUUCUGAAGAAAUGUUUGCUAUUUCGCUGUUGUCAUACAGUCGUUAUAAUGCAAAUUUUAAAUUGGACCAAUCAAUGUUGGCUAUUCAUGACAGUCCGCUAUAUUAUGAGAUCAGUGAGGAUGACCACCCAACGAAACACCAACGGUAACCCACACUCGCUAUCAUUGAUGAACUUUAGACUUCGCUAAUGCUUUCCUUUCCCCGAGGUUAAAUAGCCGGGCGGAAUUAGUACCCUCGCACGGCACUCGGCCGGCCGUUGGCUGGGGGAAAAGGAUUAUAUGUACUUUAAAUUUGUUUCUGUUUCAAGAAAUUGACAAAAGUCAUGUUGCAUUUUCUGUUCAGAUGCAAAUUCCUACAGAACGUAUUAUUCCAUUUUUUCUCAUAAAGGUAUAUUCGUUCAAAAAAUCGGGCAAGAUUAAAUUAUACACUGGCCGUGAACCACUUAGCAGACCUUACACCUGAAGAAUUUCGAUCAAUGGAUGAUCUUCUAAACGACAAAGAUGAAGGAGUGUCGGAGUUUAUGAAAGAUCAAUUUCCAAGUCUUGAUGAAGUGCCUCUGGUGAACUAUACUGAACCUAGCCAACCAUUGCCAGAGAAUCUGGAUUGGCGAGAAUAUGGUACGUAAUUGUGAACUGAGAAUUUCUGCAUUUAUAAUUGUUGAAAUUUCACACGUGAUUAAUAUGUGAAAUUCCGAAUUUUCACAUAUGAUAUUCGAAUUUCACAUAUACUUUCAUAUGAAAAUAAUGGCUAAUAAUUAAUUUUGUGUUGUGAAACUAUUGUUUAAUUCGCAUGUGGAAUUGGAACAGAGGUGUUAAAAGGGUGCUAAGUACGCUCGUAUACUCAGGGCGUUCUCGUGAGGGCGCGCAGGAAACAACGUGAAUGAAAGCUCAUCAAACACUCGGGCAUGUGGCGUCUAAUGUGUAAGAAUUAAUUUACAUUAAUUCUAAUACCAUAAAUAGAAAAAUUGUAUCGUAAAUAUAAAAAAAAGGCGUGCGUCAUCUUGCUUAUUCCGAAAUUCUGCGAAUUAUUGCGUAAUGCAUGUGCUUGGAGUAAAUUUCUCGCACGUGCUUAUGAAAAGAAACGAGGCCAGUGGCGUAACGUUAUAUCAGGGGGCCCCCGGUUCAAAAUUUUCGAAGGCCCCCUAAUAGAAGUGCCAAAGGCACGAGUCGAGCACCGUAUAUGCACGAGUUUUCUAGGGGGUCCAGGGCAUGCUCAUCCGGAACAUUUUUGAAUCUAGACUCUCUGAAAUGCCAUUUCCUGGACUUUGGAGAGAGAUUUUACAGAAUUCUGAUGGUCAGAAAACGACAUUGUAACAUAUCAGAGGCCUGGCCAAUGUUUUUGCUCUAUCGCCUAAGCCUGGGGGCCCCCAUUGGGGUUGGGGGCCCCCGGGUUCUCCCGGUCUGAGCCCAUAGUAGUUACGCCACUGAACGAGGCCACAAGUUUCGCCGUGUGCAACAUCAUGUUGCCAUGUGGAAACAGUGACGUCCAAUGAUUUAGAACGGAACAUUUGUAGUUUUGGUAACCUCGUGAUGGAAUUAACUUCCAACACGUAAUUAUUAUAUUGAGUUAAUAUUUUGAAACAACAAAGUUAACGUAAUAUUUUUUCUAAAGGAGUUAUCUCUCCAAUAAGAGGACAAUCAAUGUGUGGAUCAUGUUGGGCGUUUUCCACAGCAGGAAUGUUGGAAGGAGCUUAUAAAAUAGCU